AGAUUACGGGAAAAAGGGCCGCAAACAAAAAACAAAAAUAGUUCCGUCACAAUCGCACCUAGUUUGCACUCGCACUCAGGCUCCCGGUCCCGUUCCACAUUCCAAGUUCGCCAGAGGAAACGAGAGCAUUCCCCCGCGACGAGGCAGUGCGUAACACAACCCCUUCCCUUAAAAAAACCCCGCUAAAGUUGAACCCUCGCCCUUUUUACACCACCCUUUUCCGGAAAUCGGUACAUUUACAGAAUUUUCCUCGCGCCCCAAAGAGACAUUUUCGUGCUUUUUUUUCACGUCUGUGCACCUUAACAGCCACACACAAAAAUCAACAAAUUAUUGAUUCCAAUUCCGUCAUUUUCUGCAGCAUAUAAGUUCUUUACGUUAGUCGGUUCGAAGAGGUGUCUCCAAAACGCUGCGUUGAUUAUUUUGAAAGCUUUCGAAAUAAUUUUUUGUGCUUAGGUGCAUGCAAAAUCACCUUCUCCCUGCUGUCCAGCAGAAUUUCUUCUUUUUGUGGUUAUUAUCAUAUUCAAUUGUUAUAAAUAUGUACAUUACUCGAAUUAAAUGAGAGACUAUUGAUCAAAAUAUCGUAUUUUUUUUUAAAAAUAAUAUUGCUCAUUACUCCGACUUCUUGAAAGUGGUCCAGUGACCCAUCCCCUUUCCAGAUCUGUUUUAAUCGUUUUAACACCCAUUUAGGAGUUUUUGCUUACGCUCAAAUACGGACACAGCCCUCGAGGGCCCUUGAAACCCCAUUUACAACGAUUUUAAUUUUUCGCUCAUAAAAGUCCAUAUCUGAUCCUGUACAAAAGACUCUCUAUUUGAAGUAAAUCUUGUUACACAUUCAUGGGGAAAAUCUAGAUAAUUUGAAAAAAAUACUAUACAGCUUGAAAAUUGUGUAACCACCGCUUUCAACUUCCAGUGUCUUAAAGUUUGCUUAAGAAAGUUUUGGAGGACAAUUUACAGCCUCUGCUAGAUCGAUCAGCACGUUUCCGUUUUGCGUGUUUUGUGCACCCCCAAAUAGUGCGUGAUAUUCUGUGUGUGUUCGUAAUCGUGGCAAACCACGAUGAAUUUUCGGUGGUGCAUUUCUUUAAGUGUAUUGGUGCUGUUGUGGUGUGUGGCCAAAGGGAUUGAAACAGAGGGAUUAGGGGUUGACGUCCGUUUUCCGGGGGAAGUGAGCCCCCCAAAAACUGCGCAACCACCCCCACGCCGCGAUGCUCCCUCGAGGGAAGACCUGGACAGCUAUCGUUACACCACGACCGAGCCAGAUAUAUCAGAUGGAGGCUCGGGCGACGGAGGGAAAAAGGUCAAAGCAGUGGACAAGAAGAAAGACUCUGAAUCCGUGGAGCUGAUGGAGGAGGACGUGAAAGGGGCGCCAGGAAGCAAGCUCGUCAGCCGCAUCGUCAACAAUCAGAACGGAAUGCAACGGAAGCAGGACGUCGUUUUCGACCUCAACGGUACCCGACAGAAUUUAGGCCUCAAUCCUGUGAAGAUGUUGGAGCACGCAACAGUACAGGUGAACCCGCAGUCAACUUUGGUGGCGCCUCCGGGUACAAUGGUGAACGUUUACUUCGACGUCACCAACAAUCUUAACAUCCCCGUUCUCUUCACUUUCAAUGUCCAGGACAGGCACAAUCUCAUCAGAGGCAUCCAACCAAUCCAGAGACGGAUUGAGUCCCUGCGGACUGAGAUAGUCACGGUUAUGGUUGAAACUAGGAUGGGUGCACCGGAGGUGGACCUCAUAACUUUCAUAGCACACCUGGGAUCGGUCGAAACUGUGGGUCGAAAAGCUAUCUUCCGUAUUGGAGAACCGGUAUCCGACACGACUGGUCCAGACAUCGACUACAGCUACAACGGAGACUGCAGGGACGCAUGGACGCCCCAAACUUGCAGUACGGCCGUAUGGGGGGCCGACAUCACAGUUAGUGACACGGAGUCAGGUUUGUUAAGAGUUUCCUCGUUUCCAUUGGGCCUGCAGUACCGCGGGGACUUUGUCGCAGGGACGCGAGACAACGUCUAUCUCCACUACUCGGCCAGCUGCUGCGACACUAAAGUCGACGUCAUCGCCACUGAUCUCAAAGGCAACACCUACAAGAGAACCAUCAAUGUCGAGCGACAAUGGUGGACGGCAGCAGAAAUAUCAGCACUCGUAUUAGGAAUUAUACUACUUCUCUUGCUAUUAGGAUUAGUCAUUGCUGGCAUAAUAACUUGCUGUCGCAAUAGAGGCAGUAGGGACUUCACACGCUGAAAAUGUUCGAAUGUCUUUUUGUAAAUUUUAAAUAAAUAAAUAAAUAUUUUUUUAAAAAAA